UCCCCCUGAAUUAGAAAUAGGAUUUUAGAACUUUUUUUUCCCCCGGAGGUGGGAGGAAGCCUUGCACGGGCCACUUUUAGCUGCUUUUAAAAAAAACCACUUCAAGCAGGAAAUACGGCAGGAAUGUUGACAAUACAGUUUGCAGAUGUCAUCAUUUCGCUUCUCUCCCAAGAAAAUGCAGCUCAGGACAAGUCCAAGUGAAAUACAAUUUUCAGUAUUUUUUAGACCUCGGAGGGAUUAAUCUCCAGCUCCGAUUCUCCGAUUCUCCUACUUUUCUCGCUUCCCCGCGGAAAAAGCAGCUCCGGCAAGGUUGCUGGGGAACCUCCACUCCGGCAACAGCAUGCAGUAGAGAGCGACAUCCUCUAGGAGGAGCUGCGCAGCUCUCCACUCCAUCCCAGAAGUCCUACCUGGCAUCGGCGGACUCCGGUUCCGCCCCGAUCGAGGUUGUUGUGCUUUUAAACGCAUGCGCAGCCGCGCCCCGUGGUGCCUCCGCCGCUGGUGUUCAGGAUCGGAUCUGGCAGCCGGAGCGAGAGAAGAAGUGGGAGCUGCUGUUGCUGACUCGUCGCCUGCGGCUGGGAAGGGUGGUAUUGCUGGCCUCCACAGAUCUGUUCAUCUUGAUGCUUAUGGAGAAUUGUUUGCUCGAAGCCUGAAUCUCUGAAUCUUCCAAGGACUUACCUUAACAAGGAAGAGGAUUGGUGAUUCUUCACAGAGCCUGGGAUUUAGCAACUGGCUUCUAAUAUAACACUCUAUAUAACAAUGAUUGCUAUCUUCAUAUGAUGAUUUUUUUAUCAUGGCAAAUGACACUUUAGAAGGUUUUCAUGAAGUGAAUCUAGCUUCCCCCACUACUCCAGAUCUUUUAGAAGUGCACGAAUCUAAAGCUUCUGAAGAACCUACCUCACCUACCAUUAUUUACCGGCUUCAUCCUUCAGCUGUGUGCUCCUUACCUAUUCAACCAAGUGCUCUGAAUGUGACUGACCUUCCUACACAACCUGUCUACUCAUCUGCCAGGCACCUAAAUUGUGCAGAAACACCAGGUAUCAGCAUCAAUGUCACAGAAACUGUACCGUGUUCUACCUCAGGAAGCUAUGGUGGGUUGUCCAAACAUGAUCAUUCCAGGAAGGACAACUGUAGCGCAGAGAGAGAAUUUUUGCAGGGUGCAACAGUAACAGACUUUUCUGAAGGAAGAGAUGAUGUUUUUGGGCUAAGCACAGAUAGCCUGUCUCGUCUGCGAAGUCCAUCGGUAUUGGAAGUUAGAGAGAAAGGCUAUGAAAGACUGAAAGAGGAACUUGCUAAAGCUCAAAGG